AUGGGGGUCAAUAAAAGAGAGAAGGGAGGAAUUGUACCGGAUCCAGAUAUAGAUACUUACAUGAAGUACUUGUAUGAAAUGUUCAUGACAAAGGUUGUUAUAACAGGAGAGCCGGUUGUUGGUCCCAACAAAGCCUUAUUUAUGGAUGAAAUAUCAAAUGGUUUAGACGGUUCAACUGCAUAUCGGAUUGUUGCUUCCAUUCCAGAAACAUUUGAACCCUUUGAUGACAUCAUUUUGUUGGCAGAAGGAAAGGUUGUGUAUCAAGGAUCAGGCGAUCAACUUUCUUCAGGAGAAUCUUCUCUUGGCAAGAAGCUUGAUGAGGAUCUCUUGGUGCCAUAUGAUAUAUCCAAAAGCCACAAGGAUGCUCUUUCCUUCAAUGUGUAUUCUCUUUCUAAUUGGCAACUCCUUAGAGCUUGCAUGUCAAGGAAAUAUCUUAUCUUGAAGAGAAAUUCUUUUAUCUAUGUGUUCAAAACAACCCAGAUGGACAUUGAUGUUCUUCUUGCAACUUACUACAGGGGUGCCCUGUUCUUUGGACUCAUGAUACUUCCUGUUGAUGCCGCUAUUUUGAAAAUUCCUCUUUCAGUUAUUGAGUCUGUGACAUGGACAUGCUUUACUUACUAUGUCAUUGGGUACAGUCCUGAGGCCAAGGGUUCUGCAACACUCUGCUCUCGUGGUCAGAGUCAUGCAUUGCUUCAAUUUAAACAACACUUUUCCUUCAUCAAUACUUCUUCCUCUUAUUGUGAUUAUCUUCAACCCUCUUAUCCAAAAAUGAUAUCUUGGAAAGAGGAUAAGGAUUGUUGCUUAUGGGAUGGUGUCACAUGUGAUUCUUUAACAGGCCAUGUGAUUGAUCUCGACCUUAGUUGUGCUUGGCUUCAUGGAAGUUUUCCUUCAAACACUACUCUUUUCCUUCUUAAUCAUUUGCAAAGGCUAAACUUAGCUUUUAAUGAUUUCAAUCUUUCUCAUAUUUCUUCUGAUUUUCAUCGUUUGUCUAGUUUGACAAAUCUUAAUCUCUCAUACUCAAAUUUUUCAGGUCAAAUUCCUUUUGAAAUUGCCCAAUUAUCUAAAUUGAUUGUUCUUGACCUUUCUCGAAAUUACUUUGAUGAACUUUCAAUUGAAACAAAUUCUUUGAAGGGGUUAGUUCAAAAUUUGACCGAAUUAACAGAACUUCAUCUUGAUGAUGUGAACAUGUCUACCGUUGUACCAAGUUCCUUCAUGAAUUUAUCUUCUUCUUUAUCUUUUUUGAGUCUCUCUUCUUGUGAUUUGCAAGGAAACUUUCCAAACAACAUCUUCCACCUACCAAGUUUAAAAGCCCUCCAUUUAUCGUAUAAUCAUGAUUUGACAGUUGUUUUCCCAAAGGCUAACUGGAGUAGUCCCCUCAAGUUUUUGUAUGUGUCUUCCACGACCAUUUCAAGAGAGUUUAGUCCUCUUGAAAAUCUCAAGCACUUGACACAUUUUGCUGCCUCAAACUGCAAUCUUUCUGGGUUAGUACCUAUUUCACUUGGAAACCUUCCAAAUUUAGUUCAUAUUUCUUUAUAUUAUAACUCUUUCAAUGGGUCUCUGCCAUCUUGGUUAUUCACUCUACCUUCGUUACAGAUUGUAGACUUGGGUUUUAACCAACUAACAGGCACUAUAAAUGAAUUUCAUAGUAAAUCAUUGGAAAUUCUCUAUUUAGAUGGUAAUCGAUUGCAUGGAUCAAUUCCAAGUUCAAUAUUUGAACUUGUUAAUUUAACUACUCUCGUUCUUUAUUUAAACAAUUCAAGUGUCACUGAUCUUUACUUGUUUUCAAAGCUUAACAAACUCAAAAGCCUUGACUUUUCUCAUGUCAGUCUAUCUUUGAGCACCCCAUUCAAAGGUAACUCUUCCUUUCCACAACUCACCUCGUUGAGAUUAUCCGCCUGUAACUUGAGUGAAUUCCCGGAGAUUUUAAGGAACUCAGACCAACUGACUUACUUGGACCUUUCUGAAAAUAGAAUCCAUGGGCGAAUUCCUAAGUGGAUGUGGAACAUUGGAAAGGAAAGUUUGUCCUACUUAAAUCUUUCCUACAACUUUCUUACAACCAUAGAACACCUUCCAUGGAAAAAACUUCAACUUCUAGACCUUCAAUCCAACUUCAUUCAAGCACCAUUUCCAAUUGCACUGUCUGAGUUAAUGAUUCUUUCACUGUCAAACAACAAUUUGACGGGAGAGAUCCCUCACUUGUGCAAUAUGAGUAGAUUACAAGUUGUAGAUCUUUCAAAUAAUAACUUGAAUGGUACAAUUCUUGAAUGCAUGGUCAACUCCAAUAAUCUUCAAGUCUUGGAUGUACGAAAAAAUAAACUGCAUGGCAACAUUCCUAAAACAUUUGCACCAGGCAAUUAUUUGAGGACACUUAACUUCAACGGUAAUCGACUUGAAGGGCCAAUCCCGCAAAGUUUGGUUAAUUGUACGAGGCUUGAAGUUUUAGAUCUUGGAAACAACAAUAUAAAUGAUAGCUUCCCUUAUUGGUUGGGAGAUCUUCCCAAAUUACAGGUUCUUGUUCUUCAUUUCAACAGCUUUUACGGUUCUAUUUGGGGUUCUUCUGAAUUUAAUGGUAGUUUCCCAAUGCUGAGAAUCUUAGAUCUCUCACACAACAAUUUUGAUGGCUAUUUGUCAGCAAGGUUUUUUGAGAAUCUAAAAGCUAUGGUGAAUCUUGAUGAAGAAAAAAAGAAAUUGAAUUAUAUGGGUGUUUCAUAUUAUCAAGAUUCCGUGGAAAUGGUAGUUAAAGGUUUUGGAAUCCAUCUGGAGAAAAUUCUUACUACUUUUACUACUAUUGAUUUUUCAAACAACUACUUUCAUGGAGAAAUUCCAAGCUCAAUUGGAAAACUUCAUUCACUUCGACUUCUCAAUAUGUCUCAAAAUAGCCUAACUGGUCAUAUUCCAUCAUCAUUGGGAGACUUGACUGCACUUGAAGCCUUAGAUUUAUCUUCAAACAACCUUGUUGGAGUGAUUCCAAUGCAAUUGGUAAGUUUGACCUUUCUUUCAAAGUUGAACUUAUCACAAAAUCAACUUGUGGGACCUAUACCUCGAGGGAACCAAUUCGAGACCUUCCAAAAUGAUUCAUACAUUGGAAACCCAAGCUUAUGCGGAUUUAUAUUGACCAACAAAUGUAAUAUUGAUGAGGCAGCACAACCAAAAUCAUCAAUAUUCCAUGGUGAAAGACUCAGUAAUUCAGGAUGGUGUGAAUGGAAGGUUAUUAUGAUGGGAUAUGGAUGCGGACUACCCCUUGGCUUAUUCAUAGGAUAUCUAGUGUUCACAACAGGAAAACCUCUAUGGCUUCUAAGGAUGAUUAAUAGAGCUACUAAAAUAUGUGAGAGGACUAGAAGAUGUAAUAAGAAGACUAAGCAAAAGUACUUGCUUGUGAGUGACCAUGUAAGUUGUUGGAAACAAUCUUUAAAGAAUUGUGGGGACAUUGUCCAUAUGCAUGUGGCAGAGAGAGAUGUUCUUCAUGAGAUGGUUAAAAUAGUAAAGAAAAAGCCUAACUUUCAUGUCAAGGAGAAGAUACUGAUUCUAAUAGAUACUUGGCAAGAAGCUUUUGGAGUACCAAGGGCAAGAUAUCCACAAUAUUUUGCAGCAUACCAGGAGUUGUUGGGGCUUAAGCAGGAGGUGAUUGUUGACUUGGUGGAACAGUGCUGA